UGCUGUGCCAGGCUCGAGUGUAGCCUGUGCUACAGUUUACUUAGUUAAAGAAGACGUCUUCUGGCGUAGAGGAUUUUCUACUGUCAAUACUGUACUGCUUAGUACAGGACUGCCACCAAAGAAGACUAGUCACAGACUGUCGUGGGGUGAGAGGGGCCCCGGAGCAGAGAACCUCUGGACUAAUUUACAGUCAAAUCCACCCCUGGCCCUCAUCUCUUUUCCCGUUGCUCCCCUGAAAAACCCAAACAUCCUCCUCAGAAGGACAUCAGCGACUCCCCUCUACUCCCCCAUCCUCCUCCCCCUCUGCUUAGUUCUCAUGUUCCUCCUCCGGGGAGGUCGGAGAGCAAGGGGCACACACGUGGCCAGCUGCCCAGGCUUGAGGCCACGGUGACAGACAUGGGGCUCAAGAGGAGGCUGGGGCUGUGCUUCCUGGGUGUCAUCUCCCUGCUGGUCAUCUACAUCCUGUGUUUGAGCCUGGAGAUCACCAUCCCCUGGCGCAUGGUCAACCUGAACCUGUCACACUUCCCUGGUCUUGGGUACACACAGGAACCAAACAGGUCACAUUACUCUGAAGACUCUGUUGACGGCAACACACCGUCAGAUGGUUUGGACAGCCUACACACUGGUUCAACACCAACAACACAUUUAAGGUUAAAGGUACAGUCCACAUCCCCUGUCGGAGUCAGACCCUCAAUGAAACCUGGAGCCAGGGCCAGGACUACCAAGGGUCAAAAUAUUAAAGGUGCUCUCCUCUCCAAUUCAACCAAACCAACAGAGCCACCCUUCAUUGGAGACAGUUACUACAGCGAAGUCGCCCCACCUCAAACCGACUGUCCAAACAGUAUUCGUAGCAGGGUUCCCCAGACAGACUUUGGGGUGAGAUAUCUGGGCAGGAUCCCUGUCCUCCAGUGGGCCAAGCAUGCCACUCCAGAACAGUACCAGCGCCUCAAACCGUACCCAGGGGCUCACGGCUGGGGAAACCUUGACAUUGACACUCUGGUGUCGACCCUGUCUGUUCUCAACACAUCGGCCAACUGGCACAUGUUUGAUGACUGGGAUCGUCGUAGCAACGGCUCGCAGUGUGUCUGCUGUGCUGUCGUGGGCAACGGAGGGAUUCUGAAGGAUUCAAAGAAGGGCCGGGAGAUUGACCAACAUGACUAUGUCUUCAGGACCAACGGAGCUGUGAUUAAGGGCUUUGAGCAGGAUGUGGGCUCUAGAACAUCCCUCUACACUUUCUCCACCAACACCCUCCGUAACUCCAUGAAGAGCUACGCUGGAGCGGGCUACAGAGGACCCCCGCUCUCUGAGGAGACUAGGUAUGUCUUCCUGCCAGACCAUGACAGAGAUUAUCUGCUGAUGAAAGCAGCCGCCACACACACUCCAGUAGAGAGAGGACCAGAGAAGAGCAAAACGCCACCCACAUACUUUGGAAAAAAUGUGAGUGUAGAAAAGUUCAAGAUGUACCAUCCAGAUUUCAUACGUUACAUCAGAAACAGGUUCCUCCGCGGCCAUGCCAUGCAGACCAAAUACAAGAACAUAUACCGUCCAUCAACAGGUGCUGUGAUGCUGCUGGCUGCUAUGCACACCUGUGACCAGGUGAGCGCGUAUGGCUUCAUGACUCCAGACUAUAAAAACUACUCUGACCACUACUAUGACAGCAGAUAUCACCCUGUGGGUUUCUUUAUCAACCAUGACCUGAAGAUGGAGAUGGCACUGUGGCAGCAGCUCCACCAGGCAGGCCUCAUCACGCUCUACAUGCACCAGUGAUCCCAGGAACUAACUCACUCCAGGUCACUAUGACAACAACCACAUUAAUGACAUAAGUCUAUGGUAAUGACUCCAUCUCCACCACUGGCUCCCAAGGUUUGCCAACCCCCAACCCUACGAGAUUUAUAAAAAAAUUACUUCACGUCUGACUUUGUCAUUGCCUGCCAUGUUGGAGGUUAGCCAAUACUUCUGAGAAAAUGGUCUCCAUGGAGAUGGGCUUAGCCUAUCCUCUUGAGAAGUCUCUAACAGGGUGGAGGCAGGUUGCCAGGGAGACAGUCAUAGACUGUUGCUGACACUUGCUGAGUUACCAGGAAAAGCCUGGUAGCCUUUUUAUACUAUUUUAAGACCUUUUUUAGUAUUUUUAAACCAUUUCAGACAAUCAGCUUUUGUGGGUCUUAGUCAGACAUAUGUUUCAAAGAUCAUACCCCCGAGACAUGCUAACCUCCCCUGUUAUUGGUAAUGGUGAGAGGUUAGCAUAUCUUGUGGGUAUGAUCUUUGACCCUCCCUCUACCUUUCUCACUCAUCAUUAUUCACAAUUAAUUCAGGAUUAUCUGUAAUCAUGGUAGCAUCCACAUGAAUGUAGAAGUGUUUUGAAACAUAUGCUAUUCUUAUUUAUAAUAAAAGUGACUCUAUUGGGCACAAAAUAAUAUGAAACACUACCAAAACUAAUUGCAAAUGCAUCAAACAAGUUUGUAGAGUCACUUGAUUGCGUGCUCUGAAUAUGGGACCAGAUAUUAAACUUUUACCACUUUAUUUAUAAGAAUCUUUAGGGUUGUCAAUAAUUUUGACCCCUACCUUUUUGAGAGAUUAAAAAGUAUUACUUGUUAAACAAAAUCUGAGCAAUUGUAAGUAUAAAAUAUAAUUCCCCCAUUUUAUUGCAUACAUUAUAGAUCCGUAGUUUAAUUAUUUAUUUUACACAGUCGUUAUUGCUCAUCUUUUUUAAGGGUGUCAAUAAUUUCGGACCCCACUGUAUGUUGACAAGGGAUAGGGCUGUUGCUGCUGGGCCGGCCACCUACUUAAAAUACCCUCUACCCUCCCUCACUGCCCUAAAUACUUUUGCACAGCACUGCCGGCAGUAGUCAUGGUCUAUUCUGAUAAGUAGUCAGAUUAUUUCCCCAUGAUAUUACUAUGUUUCUCUUUGGAGUCAGUGUAGUAGUGGGUCGACAGACAACUCAAAUGUUUGACCAAAGCAAAGCUGAGGGGAGAAGAUAACAGAUAUUUCUUUUAAUCAAAAAGUACAUUUUUUAUUAAAUAUGUUUUAAAAAUGUAUUUUACUUUCAUACAAGUUUCCUUAUUAAUAUGAGAGAGCAAUGCUACAUAGACAAGGACUGUAUUUUUUCUUUCAAACUACCACCAAUGUGUGCCUUAAUGUGAAUCUCAAUCUUUUGUCUGCAAAAUGAGUUGUUGUUGAGGUAACUGGGGAAACUAUUUGAAGUGAAGGAAGAUCUUUCCACAACAACUCCAAAUGUGAACUUUGUCAGUGGCCUUUCUCUUCGGGCACUCGCUCCCAGAACAUGAAUGGAUGUUUCCAAGGAUCUCCUGGAGAAUUGGAGUACCGGUAUGUGUGGCUGGACUAGACAAUAGAGCACCUGGACUCUUCUCAAAGCUAGCUCAGGGCUGGAUUCGUUAGGCACCAAACAGAAGAAAAUUGACUGAAACAAGGAAGGACUACUUAAACUCCUCCAAUAAGAAACAUUUCUUUUAGUAUUCUGUUGCAAAGCAUUUUGCUAUGCUGUACCCUAAUGAGCAUGACCCAGAAUGAAUAGUGACAAAGGUCACAGAAGUAUCAUUGUUUCUGCUGAAUAUUGAUGCCUGAUGAAUGAGGUCAUUCAGGACCUGAGAAGAACAUUAGAUGAAUCUGAUCACUGUGACCAUAGAGAUUGAUCUCUGACUGAGACUUUGCAUGGUCACCUCCACAUGGGAAGUGGACAUGUAUGUGGGAAAUUGUAACAUUAACCAAGGCUCACUCUACAUGUGCACAAAAUAUAUGUGGUGCAGGGUAAAGAAACCAAAGACCCUAUAACAGAAUCAAUGAAUUAGCUUAUUUAACAUUUUUGUUGUAUGUCUUUUUAGAAUAACAAUCCUUUAACAAUGACAUUAAAUGGUUCAGGCUUUCCUCUAUGGAAGACUCACAUCAGACAUUAGUUUUCAAUGUGUACAGAAGAUGUGGUAAACUUUUUUGUUGUUGAUGGAGUUCAUUAAUAGGGGGAAUUGGGUUGAGGGGGAGUUCCUCCAUAAUGCAAUUUUUAGAGAGGAUGUUUUUAAUGUAAUAGAAAUCUAUAAAUAAAUUGAGAAUUAAAGUUUG